AUGGGAUUUGGGAUGCUUGUGGGACAUCUAAGUGAAGAUGAUGAGCAGGAAAGUGGACAAGUGGACCAGGAGCUGAUCACUGUAAUUGACCUUGUGGCUGAUUCUCCAAAGAACCCCUCCCCUUCUCGCUCCUGCGCCAAAUGGCCAGCUGGCAACUCUGACCACCAUUGUGACUACUUUGACCUUGACGUGGCUGUGGAGAUCCACCUUGAUCACAAGGACAGCAGGUCUACCCUGUGGUGGCGGAGGGCACCUUGGUCUUGGAAUAACCUCAACGUGGAAAGUGAUUCUACAUCAGGAACCAGCUUUCCUCUCUCCAAAGAAGCACCAGGGGAGCAUUCAGACCACGAGACUGCACACCAACCCCUCCCCAGACAGCGAUUCCAGCAAGAGGCUGGGCACCCUUCAUUGCAAAGAGACGGCCCCCGAUCCUUUCUCCUUGAUCUACCAAACUUUCCAGAUCUUUCCAAAGCUGAUAUCAAUGGGCAGAAUCCAAAUAUCCAGGUCACCAUAGAGGUGGUGGACGGUCCUGACUCGGAAGCAGAUAAAGACCAGCAUCCGGAGAAUAAGCCCAGCUGGUCUGUCCCACCCCCCGACUGGCGGGCCUGGUGGCAGAGGUCCUUGUCCUUGGCGAGGGCCAACAGCGGGGACCAGGACUACAAGUACGACAGUACCUCAGACGACAGCAACUUCCUCAACCCCCCUGGGGGGUGGGGCCGUCCGGCCCCAGGCCACCGGACUUUUGAAACCAAAGAUCAGCCAGAAUAUGAUUCCACAGAUGGUGAGGGCGACUGGAGUCUCUGGUCUGUUUGCAGUGUCACCUGUGGAAAUGGCAACCAGAAACGGACCAGGUCCUGUGGCUAUGCAUGUACUGCAACAGAAUCUAGGACCUGUGACCAUCCAAACUGCCCAGGGAUUGAAGACACCUUCAGGACAGCUGCCACUGAAGUGAGUCUGCUUGCGGGAAGUGAAGAGUUUAAUGCCACCAAGCUCUUUGAAGUUGACACGGACAGCUGUGAGCGGUGGAUGAGCUGCAAGAGCGAGUUCUUAAAGAAGUACAUGCACAAGGUGAUCAAUGACCUGCCCAGCUGCCCCUGCUCCUACCCCACCGAGGUGGCCUACAGCACAGCCGACAUCUUCGACCACAUCAAGCACAAGGACUUCCGCUGGAGGGAUGCCAGCGGGCCCAAGGAGAAGCUGGAGAUCUACAAGCCUACCGCCCGCUACUGCAUUCGCUCUAUGCUGUCCCUGGAGAGCACCACGCUGGCCGCCCAGCACUGCUGCUAUGGUGACAACAUGCAGCUCAUCACCAGGGGCAAAGGGGCGGGCACGCCCAACCUCAUCAGCACCGAGUUCUCGGCGGAGCUCCACUACAAAGUGGACAUCCUGCCCUGGAUCAUCUGCAAGGGCGACUGGAGCAGGUACAAUGAGGCCCGGCCUCCCAACAACGGACAGAAGUGCGCGGAGAGCCCCUCAGAUGAAGAUUACAUGAAGCAGUUCCAAGAGGCCAGGGAGUAUUAAGAAGACGCUACCAGAAUGUUCGUGACACAAAUGCACUGCACUGAUCUGCCUCCUGGCCCAGAGGCCAUCUCACCCGCAUGCGUGUAUGUGUGUAUAUGCCACGUGAGUAUCUGUGUAAAUUACACUAGGGGUGUGCUCCAGGCCCCGUGACUGCCAUCUGAAGCCACCACUGUGGUCUUCAGUGCCUACAGACCUCCCUGGAGCUCUUCCUAGGGGUGAUGUCCACAAGGAGGAUGGGGACAAGGAAGCGGGAAGAGGACCCUGGAAGCCACAGCGGGCAGGAUUCAAGUCACACCCCGGAUCCAGUGUUUCUAAGGGAAGCAAAAGGCGAAAGAAACUGAAGUUGUAAACGUGAUAAGCAGUUUUUAUAUAUAACUUAUUUAAUGUGAAUGUGACUUAUGCCUAACCUUUUCUCUGGAGUUGUCAGUCGUGAAAUUAUUUAAUCACUUCCAAGAGAAUUCAGAAGGAGGCUUAGGGAGGUGGAAGAGAAAGAGAAUUUUCUAGUGAUGACUCCUUUAAAAAAUAAAUAAAUCAAUGGAAAUAUAUCGAAACAAGAAAACGCCCACCUUAAACCAAAGGUUAUUUAGUCAUGAGGUACCUUGCUGGAGUCUCAGCUUCCAAAAUGCCCUUGCCUCAGACUGAGUAGAAACUGGGGGGCAAAUGGGCAUUUUGGAAGCAAAUCUGAGGCCUGGUUUUAAAUAGGCUUUAAAAUAAAAGCCGAUAUUAGCACAAUGCUAUGAUUCUACUAAAAGGACCCAGAAUGGCAGAAUUUCUGCUCAUGCCUUAGUCGGUUUAGAAGGCUGCAGGAAGGCCAGACGUAAAAAUAAGGAGUUAGCACUUUUCCAAAGGAAAAAAGCAAAACAGAUAGGAAAAGAACAUAAACCUCAUUUCACCUAUUUUAUUUUAAUACCAUCUUAAUAUUUUUCUCGACCAAUAUAUGCCCAAUAAAUAAAUAUAAAAAAGAAAAGGAGACCUCAAGUCUAGAAAUUUCUAAUUUUUUAUGUUUUAAGAAAGGAAAGAAAACUACAUUAUUUUUGUAAAGUAUUUAUUGAGUCGCUGAGUCUUGUGCAUCAAGCAGUGAUAAUAUGACCUGGUUCUGUAGGGUGGAACUUAGGAUAAAUAAAGAGUUGGUUCUCAUGCAGUCCUUACUUGCAAAACUCCAGGAAAAGAGAUUAUAUAAUAAAAUCAUAAUAACAUGUGUUACCUGCAGUUAAUGUGUGACCUGCAAAUAUUUAUGAUACAAAUUCCCUAAAUAGCCCUGGUAAAGCAGGACUUUAAGGCAGAGGAGAAGAAGGUUGAAACCACGUAGGAAUAAAAGGCUCAUUGACUGACGUGAUGGUGGGUGGCGCAGCUCAUAGCAUCUUUGGCAGCAAGAACAUCGACCCGGCCCCCAGGAGGUUGAAGCUCAUUGACACCAUGUGACUUUUUGCCCACCCAAAGCAAAGGCUUAAGACAGCCCAGGUGAGUGGGACCAUUUCCAGACAAAACUUUGCAAUUACAGUAGUAAGUAGAACUCCUCAUCAGGCAAAUUAUUCCUUUUCCAGAUGAGGAAACCAAAGCUCAGAAAAAAUAAAUCACACUGGGCCCAUCCUUCAUUUCCUAGCCUAGUGCUCCUUUGACAAUAUCAAGUGUGUGACGUCCUUAUAUUCCUGGUGUCUUUGGUAUUCCUGAUCCUACCCUUAGGUUCUCUUAAUAAAAUCUUGUUUUUAUAGAAAAGCUCUUAUCAGUCUUUACACAUUAGAAUGUGUUCUCCACGUAUUGCCCACUCUCAGGAUAUUUAUAUUUAAGAUCUGUUUCUAAUUAUAGAAUGAGAAUACUUAUUCACAUCUGAAGGAAUUUUAGGCGAAGGAGAAAACCAAUAGUUCCAUAUAUCAGGGAAGCAGAUUUGGUUCCUAAUAAUAGGAAGACCAUUUUUGCAGAAGGUUGGUUGCAGUGGAAUGCAUUGCCUUUGGGAGGGUGAGGACCCUGUCAGGACAUGUACUUGAGCCGAGCUGGAGGUGAAAUCACAUGAGAAGCUCAUUUUAGAGAUGAGAAGAGACAAACACGUGCGGCAGGAACCCCCUCUGAUAAGCGUUCUAUGAAGGGCAAGUGGAAAGUACUCUGGGAAGACAGAGGCAGGAAUCAGGGAAGCACCUGUUGGCUCUAACAGAGGAGUGGUAUUUCACAAAGCAGAGAAGAGGGAGCGGAAGUAGUUGCAUUUGAAGGAAGAAAACAGUACUGACAAAGGCAAGAAACUGGGCGAGAGCUUGGUGUUUUCUGAAAACUGUGGGGUUUAGCCUGAUGAACCAGAGAGAGAAGCAUGACGAGUUAUGGAGCCACAUCUAAGGUGUUUCUGUUAAGGAUUUAGCAUGGCAAAUUAAAGCUCUUUCCUACUACAGUGA